CGAUGACUUCAUAGAGACGAUGUCUUUGUCGCAGUUCGUGUCGACUCAAAGAUUACAGGACACUGAAUAUAAGUCUUUUGGAGCCAUGCUUCAAAUUAUCAACGAUGUAAAUAACAACGGCGCUGAUGAAUUAGCUGUGGGAUGUCCUGAGAGUUCUCGCGUAGUUAUGUACCUAGGGCUUCCUUCGGUUGACGUAACUGUUUCAUCACAUCUUGUUGGUGACCAGGUAGUACGAAUUAAGGCAAACAAUUUUACGGUUCGUGUGGUGAUUAAUAUAAAUGUUCAUGAAAAGCCACUGGAUAUCACCGGAAAAUUAUUGAUUGUAAACAGUGUUGUGGGCGAUGGCGUACAAAUUAGAUACGGACAAGAAUUGCAGAAUAUUAGUUUAUCUCGAAAUAAUACAAAAUGCGAGAUUGACGUUGAUAUUGAUAUUAGUAACGAUGAACCUGGUACUUACAAGUUUAAGACAUCAAUAAAAUUAGACGUGACAGAUAUGUUUCAGAGUGCCGAAUUGAAUCCGACGUGGGUGUCAAUUUAUCCCGAAAAUCCUACGUCAUCUCUGGACAUUGAGCGACGAUGUUCAGGAGAGAGUUGCUUACCGCAAUUAAAUAUGGCACUAGAAUGGUCUGGAAGUUCACCAUACAAGUUGGGAUCUACGAAAUCGGAACAAUUAACAAUGCGGUUCAAGAACCACGGUAACAAUUCUUACAUACAGACGUGUGUGUAUGUGAGUGUCCGCGGCGCGCGCGCGGGACGGAACACUUGCCAAGAACAAGACGGCACGUACAAAUGUUUACUGCCAUUGCCGAUAAAAAGGAAUGAAGAGCAUAUUUUAACAAUACCUAUAGACAUGAGUAGUCCGUCAAAUGAUUUAAAUAUAUUAGAGGUGGAUGUUACGUUCUACAAUAGUAGUUGUGUUUUACAAACGGAAUAUCAAGAGUCGAAGAUCAUCGUACCUUUAGAGUUGAACACCGAAGACAUUGCUGUAAACGGUGCGUCACGUGAUCGAGUAGUGACUGACAGUGACGUACUCGAUAAGACAGUGGAAACUUGUGAAAACGCCCACGAAUAUAAGAUUAUAAACAAUGGCAGCGUAUUGUGGAAAAAUGUUCGCGCUAUUAUUAAAUGGGAGAAUCGAACCUUUAUUAAAGAAAGUAAAAUUCAGAUAUUGCAAACUUCUGUAACUACCGGCUGUGUGUUACAAGCCGGUAAUGAGGAAAUAACACAUACGUGUGUGUUUAACUUGGAACCGAAUUCGGUAUUUAAGAUAAUUCCAAGCAUAGUAAUAAUGGAAGAAGAUGUUGAGAAAUAUCGUGUAGGAGACACACUUAAUAUAUCCUCAAGUUUAGAGUUAUAUUUGCUUCCUACGGAAAUAAAGAAAGAGUUCACAUUAACUACAGUUAUAAAAUACAACAAAGAAUUAUCAAUUGGACAAAAUAAGCCGUUAAUAAUAACUAUAGCUGUGAUAGUGGCUUUAUUAAUAUUAGCGGUAGUUAUUUAUAUUCUACGUAAGAUCGGCUUCUUUAAUAGGAACACAAAAAAGAAAUUAAUACAAGAGAAAAGAGAAGAUGAAUUAAGAAAGAGUGUGAAAAGACCGGCGCCUUCUGGAGCAAAUGAAGUCGGUACGAGCUCUGGUAGCACAGGAAUAAAAAAUAAAGCAAUGCAAGCAGAAAUACCAUUCAAGCCAGAAUGUGAAGAUAUAGACGUUUGUGAAGAAGACAAUCUUAUCAUAACACGGGAAGUUGAAGUUCAUUAGAAGAUUUAUUAUAUAAACAAUAAUUAAUGUAA